GGUGUUUAUCGUUGCCGAACGUAUUUGCACAUUUGUAUAUAGAAAUAUUUACUUUUGUUUUUUAUCGUUAUGUGGAGACCAGCGAUAACAAAAAGUCCUCUGUAUGAAAGCCUCAACAAUGUUAAAAAUCCAUUUGAAGGUUUCGAUAUUUUUGAUGCUUCUGUUCUAGACGAGAACGGAUUGCGAGAAAACUGUGCGCAAUGCGGCCGAUCAAGAAUGUGGUUCUGCUAUGAGUGUAGAUCUCCUUUGCCUUCGUUAGCAGGGCGUUUUCCUCAGGUUAAGCUUCCAUUUAUUGUAGAUAUCAUUAAACAUGGAAAAGAGUUAAACGGGAAGUCAACUGGAGUACAGGCUUCGAUACUUAGUAAAGAAGUGAACCUGUUCGUUUAUCCAAACAUUCCAAAGUACGAAGAUCCAAGCAAGGUACUGUUGAUUUUUCCAUGCAAAGAACAAUUCGAUGAUGUCUGUCGCCAGAGAUCCGUCCAACUAGGCACUGAAGAAAAAUGCGUAUUAUGUGAAGGACGACAUAUAAAAUUCGCUUUCAAUCGGGUAAUCCUUAUUGAUUCAACAUGGUGCCAGACGAAAAAAAUUCUUUUAGAUGACCGAAUUGCCAGUCUUCCUUAUAGGGCGGGCCUAACGGGUCGGAAGAGCGUAUUUUGGCGCCCCCAACGAGGACAAAACCUCGAGUAUUUAGCCACUGUAGAGGCCCUUCACGAGAUCUGUCGCCGAUGGUUGAUGAUUCAGAGCUGUCUUGAAGCGGAGAAAGUAGACAAUAUUCUGUUUUUCUUUCGUUAUUUCUAUGAUAAAAUCACCUCCAGGUACCGAACUCUAUUAAAAGCAAAUUAAUAAAAAUGUCAUAAUUUGUUUUCUGUUUUUCUACCUGUGAUAUCAUUCGUUAAUUCGUACAAUUCAUUGUAAUGCGUACAGGUAACAUUGUUGAACUAAAUUUGUGCCACAUGCAUUUCUAUUUUGUUUGAUAGUUUUAUUUAUUUAUUUAUUAAGUUUGAUAGUUUUAGAUAAAGGAAGUAAUGUAUUUGUAUUGUUGAGGUAUCAAAACAUAAUUGUUAAGGAAUUCUAAUUCAUAUUCAAGGUGACUUCGAAAAUUAAACAGUUUUAACAUGGCGGAUUACCAAUUGCAUGGUUCUGUGUUGCGUGCUUUAUCAAAAUAAACAUUUUUUGCUCUUAUUCACUCAGCCUCACGUUAGUAAUCACAUAAUGGCUAUUUCUAAAAGUAGAACAAUCCUGCGAGCCAACGAGCGUUUUCCCUUGUAGUAUGCGUUCUUACCUCAAGAAUAACUUACGAAGCUGAAUUACUUUCACCGAAGUUAUGACAACAGAGCUGAUCCAAAUUAACAAGCGCCCGGCCCUUUGCAGAAUACUCAUUACGUUUAUGCCUUCAAAGCGUUACCUGGUAAAUAUCCUUAAGAAACCUUUAAGUUCGCAAUGGUAGCUGUAUUAAGUUACUAGCAGGCAUGCAGUGCUUUUCGGAGAUUACCCACUGUCGUUUUUGUGCUCAAGUUUUAGGCAAAUCCGCGCACUACAAUGCUGCCUUAUGGUUUUUGAGUAUAUUAUAAAAAUCGUUCUCAGUAAAUUGUAAAGAUAGAUGUACAUAAAUAAAUUCAAUAAUCGCUUUUUUUAUUCACACAGGUUGUGUAGCCUUUAGAUGUCGUAUUUAAACCGACUUAAGCUAGAGAUCUCAUGAAAGUAUUGUGGAACAAUUGAUGUUCAAACCGUAAAUUGAAAACCACCCUCCUAAAUUGUACACAUUACCUCUAUAUUAUAAAUAUUAGCAAUACAUAAUAAUAAAUGCGCUCAUGUAUACUUAGCUUUAGUUAUUUUAAAACUAAAGCUUAUUGGUACAACCAUAUUCCUACGCGUUGUUUAUGUUAUAAUAGUAAUAAUAUUACAUGAUUUGGAAAAAGCUUUGCGGAUGUAGAAAAACACAUCCGUAUUAUAAAGAAUUCUUAGCAAUUUACGAUUAUGCCAACUUAUUGGGGUUUGAGCCGAUAACUACCACAUAGCUAUUAAUAGAGCUGUUAAUAGGGAUACGUAACCCAGAUCUACAGACGGAUACGGGAUAUUCGAAUCAAUAGUCUUGUAUUCUACAGAUGGUUAAGCUUAUAAGAAAUUAUAGAUGCAUAAGUCUAG